AUGCUGCCAGUCCUUCUUCUUGCCCUAACUACCAAUGUGAUAGCCGAAGUUCCAUCAGGAGAGGAGCGAGCUGCAAUUUUGGAUUGCCAUGCAAGGCUUCGUGAGGGCGUGAAACCAAUCGCCAGCAAUAUGCUACUACUGACAUACUCGACCGAGAUGGAGAAACUAGCUGAUGAGUACGUGAAGGCUUGUACUGGCGCCUUUCCGGCUUCCUCUCCACGAUUUCGCCAGGUGGGUUACAUCCAACUACCAUCGAGUGACCAACAACUCGAAUACCGUGAUGCAUUGCUCCAAGUCGAUGAUAGCGCCUACGUCUAUAGAAACAACACCUGCCUUGGUAGUUGCUACGAUUACAAGCAGGUACGUGAGACAUCAUUGUAUACUUAA